AUAAUUCAAGUUUUUUUUCUAAAACAAACAACACCAAAGAAAUACAUAUAAUCUGAAUUUAUUUUUAACACUUCCCAUACUUCGCGUUAUUUUUAAGCAACAUGGAUACCGGAGAGCGACGUAACUCCCUGAAAUCGGCAACUGGACGUAGAUUAAGCACUGCUUUCACAGUGCCCCAAGCGCGGCCGGUGCUGAAAUAUUUACCCACAUAUCGUCUCGAGCCGAAGUAUCCAAUAAAUAAAGAGACAUGCGAAAAAAUAAUGCAAGCAGUAAUGGAUAAUGCCUUCGAAAACUUCAUCUACUCACCAAAGACAUCACUAACGCUCUGCGCGCAAGUCAGUGAGGAGAUCAAGAAUCGCAUAAAGGCGCAACAUUUUGAUCGAUACCGUUACAUCUGUGUGGUGACCAUAGGUGAAAAAGUAAUGCAGGGCUAUUGCUCAUUGGUCAACUUUCUUUGGGAUGCCGAAAAGGAUGGUUAUAUUUCUUAUGUUUAUGAUACGCCGAAAUUUUUCGGGCUCGCAACACUGUAUUAUUUGUAUUAUGAUUAGACGCAAACGAUUACGUAAAAUUAUUUUUAAAUAAUUAUUUCUAUAAAAUUGCGUAAAUAUGCAUGUAUGUAUAUAUAAAAUUUAUUGAUUAAAAAAAAAAUAAAUUGUUGAAAAUUUUGAAGAAAAGAACAGAAAA